AUGUCCAUUCCUGUGAAUCACUUAGGAGCGACUAAUAUUGUGUUGGCUACUGAUAAUCCACGACAAUCUUCCACUUGUUUGGAAUCAGUUUCUGUUCAUGAUAAAACUGAAGUGCAUGUUGGAAGUCUUGGUUUAGGAACAGCCUUAGCCGUUGCUUAUGAUCUAUGCAGUGAUAAUGGGAUUGUGAAUCAGUUCAAUACCAACGCUAAUUUAUGUGCCUCAAAUCCUCAACUUGCAAAUUUCCUUUCAUUAUCUGCAAUCAAAUCACCAAAUUCACAAUUUUCAACUCAUUGUCGUAGUACAUCUCUAUCUGACCAACAUACAUAUAAUAUUUAUUCUAAUUACUUUACAAAUAAUUCAUUAUGGACAUUACAACAUACUGAUAGUUACCUAACUCCUAUCUCAUCUGCAUCUACAAUAUUUGAUAGUUCUAAUUCAAUAAAAUCACUCGCAAAUGAUAAUGAUCAUUCCAAAUCUAUUUCUUCCACUUGCGAUUUCUCAAAUAAAAGUAACUAUUUUCCUCAUGUCACUCUUAAUAGUAGUGUAUGCCAACCAAAUGAUGUAGUUUGUUCAAUUGGAAGCAUGAUUGAUGGUCAUUACAAUAAUAAUCACAACAAUAUUGAUACCAGUCCACAUGUUUCUAAUUUACCUACUGCAUCGAGUGGACAGAUUAAUACAAAUAAUUCAGAUAAUGAGUGUAUAGGUAUUAAUCAAGGAAUUACAUCAAAUAAUUACGACAAUAAUAAUAUUGUUUUGAAGGAAACGACAGAUACAAAUCAUGUUACUUCAUCGUCUGCUAGUUCUAUUGAUGACAGUUUAUAUCAGUUAUCUGAGGAAGAAAUGAAAGAAAUAGAUACAUCACUUACAACAAAUGCCGAUCUCAUGGCUAGUCGUCAAUGGAAGUAUUAUAUUGAGACAAAUGAAUGGACACGUGCUACAUGUGCAUUGAUGGCAUGUUUAUUUACUAGAGAUCAAAUGGCUAAUUCAACUGUUUUAGGUCGUGGUGGUUCACAACGUGCCCGUCUUCCAAGCAAUCUAGUUGCUUAUGUUGUCACUACAAUCCGUCGACGAUUCAAUAAACCAGCCGCAGCUGUACGUGCUCGUAUGGCACAGAAAUGUAAAGAUGAACGACGUUUCGGUCGUAUACCUAAUUCCAAUGGAAAUUCAUGUAUAGAUGGAAAUUCUGAUUGUAAUAAUACACCAUCACCAGUUGCUGCUAUUUCAUCUAGUCGAUCAGGUACAAGAAAAACUCGUAAACGACCAGCUAAUUCAACAUCAACAUCAUCAUGUUCAUCUCAUUCAUUAAAUGGUGUAAAACAACCAUGUACACCCAAUUAUAAUAUUUAUCAAAUGAAUAUUACAAAUGAUGAUUGUUGUUCAUCAACAACAGAUUCUAAUCAACUUCCACCGAUAAAUUUAUCACCUAAUGGUAUGAGCUUAAGCGGUAUCGGUGAUGAUGUCAAUGGAGAAUAUGAUUGUAUGCUACAAACAUCUUUGGAUGAUUCAUUUACAUUAUUAGAUCAAUCUGAUGUUGUGAACUAUCCUCAAAUUUAUCCGCUUGUUAAUCAUAUCACAACAAUCCCAUCAUUGUCAUCAUCAUCAUCACCAAUAAUUACAAUGACUAAUGGAGUAAAUAGUAUCAAUGGUUCAUGUAAUCUAUCUAAUGCAUCGUGUAUAUCAAUAUUUUCCAAUAAUCCAUAGGCACACAUUUUGUGGUUACUAUGUAAAUGGAUUUCUUUUUUUUUUUAAAUUAUAAUACUUGAUUCAAUUUGUCUACUUGUCUUUAUGUAUGUGAAUGUGAGAAAAUAAACAAAUCAUCAUCACCAACAACAACAACUAACAGCUACUCCCUACGUACAAUUAGUUACCGGGUAAUAUUAUUCUUUCAAUUUCUUCAUCUCUAAUUUGGUUGUGCUGUUGUAUUAUUAGCCUUCCAUUUUCAUUUUAUUUAUUUCCUUAUAUUUUUCUAAAUGUAUUUUUAUUAAAUCAUAAGUAAAUAGGUGAUGUUUUUUAUACAGAUAUCAGAGAGAUAGAGAGAAGAAGGUAAAGGAGGUAUAAGUAGGAACAGUAGAGUAGAGAUACCGUGAAGAUUAAUUCCGAAAUCAAUGCCUACAAUAACAAUAGUUAUGGUUGUUAUUGUUGUUGUUGUCUGAAUAUUUAUUAUAAAAUCUACAAUAUAUUUUUGAUAUUUUCUAUCAAUUAUUCAAUCGAAUUAUUUCAUUUAGAUAUUUAGAAUAUAUUAGAUGAAUAUGUAAUUCACACUAUUGUGCCUAAUUCUCACUUUUAUUCAUUCUUUCUCUCUAUGUGCGUGUGUGCGUGCGCACGUGCACAUGUGUGUGUGGGUAUAACUUUUCUUUUUUUGUAUAAAUCAUAUUUGAAUUAUUAUUAUUAUUAGUAGUAGUAGUAGUCGUAUUCAUUAUGUAAUGUAUUAAUAUGGAUUCAUUAAGUAAUAAAAAGGUGGUUACUAAUGAUCAAAAUGAUCCGGUCAUUGUUUAUUUUGAUAUUUAAAACAAAAAAAACAAAAAGAAAAAUGAUAAAUUUCAUUUUACGGUCUUCCUUUCAAUUUUUUUCUUUUUGUUUUAUUCAUUAUAUUUUGACAUACUUUCUAAAUAAAACAUUUUUACUUUGUUUCAAUAUUAAGCAACUAGUUAUUGGUCAUAUAUGUUGUUCUUUUUUUCGGUGUUGAUGUUGUUAUUGGUUGGUUGGUGGUGGUGGUGAUGAUGAUGUUAUUGUUCUGUUCUCUUUUUUUAUUCAACAUCAUCAAAGUUCAUUCCUUUUUUCGGUGAUCUUGUUAAUAAUAAUAAAGCUCAAAAGUAAAAUAGGACAAUAUAACUGUUUACUUUAAUUAAAUAGUAUGAAUACUGAUUAUUAUUGAUCAUUACAGGAUGUUUUUUUUUCGGGCCUUUUCUUUGUCAUUUAUAUAUAAGUUAAUGGUUUGUUUGUUUCUUUGCAUGUCUAUCAAAUAUACAAUUGAAUGAAUGUAUGAAUUUAUUCAGAUAUUCAAUUACAUAACCAUCAUUAUUUUAAACAAAGUGUAUCAUUAUGAUGUACACAAAUGUAUAUGCAAUAGGUGUGAUAUAUACACUUUCUUAAUCCUCCUAUUAUUGAAUCUAUCCACCAUUCACUUCUAUCUUUAAUUUUAAUCAUGAUGAUGAAUAUUUCUUGUUAGUGUUUUAUUUUACCGAGUUAGUUUUCUACAGGAUAAGAUCACUAACCCCAUGCCCAACUCUCCUCUUUUAUCCAGGCUUGGGACUGUUAGUAACUAUAGAAAAGCUAUAGGUGGACUUCAUUAUAAAUAUCCUAUCUAUUUAUUACAUAACAUAAUUAUCUCAAUUAUUGUUAUAACAAUAUUAACAUUCCUACUUUUAAUGAAUUCAACAAUAACAAAAAGAAAUUGUCUAACUUCUUCUUCUGUAUUUUUGAUCUCUCAAUGUUUUUUUCUUAUUGUUUUUAAUUGGGUUUUAUUUCAUUAUUAUGAUUGUUAUUUUCGGUUAAACGGAUGUCACUGGAUCAUCUUAUGUUGUUUAUUCAUAUUAAACAAAUUGCUUAUUAUUAUUCUUGUAAAUUUAUCUACUAAAGUAUUAUGCAUUCCCUUGAACCCCACCCCGCCCCCAAUUUAAUUCUUCAUUGAUAAAAUUGCAUCGUCGCUAUGCGUGUAUCAUCUCCUCUAUGAGUUUCUUUGAUUAUGUAACAUUGAAUCCGGUGCACCUUCUAUAAAAUAUCAAAUACAAUUGCUUUAUUUAAACAAAUACUGCAAUUAUUAUUAUUAUUUGUAAUUUGUGUUUUAUUCAAUUACUGUCUCUUUUUUUCUUCUCUUCAUUAAAUCUUUUCAUUUGAUUUAUUGAUAUAAUUUGAUCGUUCUUUUUUUCUCAAUUUAAUUUAUUAUUGUAUACAUUAUAUUGUAUUUCAUUCAAUAGUUGCCUUCAAUUUAUAAUCAAUUACCUAAUUCCCCUUAUCCUCGGACUAUACUCCUCCACGAGGAGUAACAGGCGUAAGUAAAGUAAGUAAGUCCUCUUAUCCUACAUAUAUAUAUGCAUACAAUGUGUAUUUGUUUAAUUUUUAUGUAAUUGAAUGUGAAUUGAUGAAAGUUAUUCAUUACACAUACACACGCACGCAAACAAAACAAUUACAUCCCAAUUGAUAAAACUAAACAUUCUUGUAUUUCACUGUUGUUGUUGCUGUGGUUGUUUUUUUUAUUAUUAUUAAUUUAUACAUAAAUAUUGGUCUACAUCCCUUUUUUCAUGGAUUAUCAAAGAACAAAUAUGCGCGUCUCUUAAACAAAUUUGUUUAUUAUUAAUUACAAUAAUAAUAAUGAAAUUUUAUUUUGU